AAGUGACAACCAGCAGACACAUCCAAACUGUAGAUGUACAGAACAUAAAUACACACACAUACACACCAUCUUUAUUGCUCACUUGCCUUUUCUCUCUCCCCUGUCUUUCUUUUUACUUGGUAAUCUAAAUCAUACACAUGAUUUUUAUGCAUUCUUUAAUGGCAAUCUACACAAAUUUUUUUGCUUCAUUUUCUUUAGCUCGUAUUAUCAUCACACUCUGUAAAUAAGAAUACCCAUUUGUCAAAACAGCAGAAAAACAAAUAAAAAUUGGAUCUUUCUUAUCUGUGGCCUUCCUUUUAUCAAGAACUCAGAGAGAUAUAUACUUACAAAUAUUCUCUAUGUGUAAAAGGUUUUGAGGGGUGUUAUGUUAAUGGGACUUUAAAUGGGGUCUCUUGAGAAUGGUCUGCCAGUGAAGAGAGACUCGAGUUUUAAUCGUUUGAGUAGUAGAAGUGAUAGGAACUCAUUUAGUCAAAGACCCAGAUCCAGAUUUGCAAGAUUUGUGUUGUUUAAGAAGAUUGAUUAUUUGCAAUGGCUUGGUGCAGUUGCUGUGUUUUUCUUCUUUGUAGUUCUUUUUCAAAUGUUAUUGCCUGGCUCAAUCACUGAGAAAUCUGGGGACUUACUGAUUCAAAGCAGACAAGUUGUUGUUGAUGGGGAUUUGGCAUUUUUGAAAGAGAUGGGAGUGCUAGAUUUUGGUGAAGAUAUUAAGUUUGAACCAUCAAGGGUAUUGGCCAAGUUUCAGAAAGAAUUGAGAGAGGGUAAUGGAUCUUCUGGUGUUCAAAAGGGAUUGAGAUUUGGGUUGAGAAAGCCUCAGCUUGCUGUGGUGUUUACGGAUCUGCUGGUUGAUCCACAACAAAUAAUGAUGGUUACCAUGGUAGCUGCGUUGCGUGAAAUUGGUUAUGAGAUUGAGGUUCACUCAAUUGAAGAUGGUCCUGCAAAUUCUGUCUGGAGAAAUCUAGGAGUCCCUGUAAACAUCAUUCAAUUGACUGAGAAGAGGGAGAUUGUUUUAGACUGGCUAAAUUACGAUGGUGUUCUUGUAAAUGGUCUUGAAGCCAGGAGAGUUAUUUCCAGUCUUUUGCAGGAACCAUUCAGAUCCGUGCCUCUAAUAUGGACAAUUCAAGAUUCGAUUCUUGCUACUCGUUUAAGACAGUACUUAUCAAAUGGCCAGGUUGAGUUUGUUGAUAAUUGGAAAAGAAUUUUUGCCCGAGCCACCGUUGUUGUCUACCCUAAUCACGUCUUGCCGAUACUUUAUUCAUCAUGUGAUACUGGAAACUACUUUGUUAUUCCGGGCUCUCCUGCUGAAGCAUGGGAAGUAGAUCAUUUCAUGGGCUCACACCAAGAUAGUUUGCGUGACAAGAUGAAGUUCGGUUCUGAUGACUUUGUCAUUGCCAUUGUGGGUAGUCAACUUCUAUAUGGAGGAAUGUGGCUGGAGCAUGCUCUUGUUCUACAAGCUAUGCUACCACUUUUCAGGGGCUUUCCACCAUAUAACGAUUCCACAUCUAAUGUUAAAGUUGUAGUCUUAAGUGGAGACUCUACUCAUAACUACAGCGUGGCUGUGGAGAUGAUUGCUACUAAGCUAAGAUACCCAACUGGAACAGUGAAGCAUAUUGCUGUUGAUGAAGAUGUGGAUGGUUAUCUAAGCAUGGUGGAUCUCGUCAUAUAUGGAUCCUUUUAUGAAGAGCAGUCUUUUCCUGAGAUUUUGAAAAGAGCAAUGUGCUUAGAGAAACCAAUUAUAGCCCCUGAUCAUGCCUUGAUAAAAAAAUAUGUUGAUGACAGGGUAAAUGGUUAUCUUUAUCCGAAGGAGAAUACCAGGGGUUUAACUCAGAUCCUGUUGCAAGUUAUAGGAAAUGGAAAGCUAUCUCCCUUAGCUCGCAAUGUUGCAUCAAUUGGUAAACACACUGCCAAAAAUAUAAUGGUUUCGGAUUCUAUCGAAGGCUACUCUUCAUUGUUGGAGAAUGUUUUACAAUUCCCAUCUGAAGUUGCAUUGCCCCAGGCUAUUUCAGCCAUCCCACAACAUCUGAAGGAAGAGUGGCAGUGGCAUCGUUUUCAGAGCAUUGCAAAUAUAACAUAUGAAGAUAAAAUUAGGAAAGGUUCUGCAUUUCUAGACGAGCUUGAGAAACAGUGGAACAAUUCUCAAGGAGAGGGUUAUAGUACUGUGACAACUGAAACAUUUGUAUACAAAAUCUGGGAAGAAGAAAAGUCUAUUCAAAUACUUAAUAUCAGGAAGAGAAGAGAAGAAGAAGAGUUAAAGGACAGAACUGAUCAAUCCAGGGGAACAUGGGAUGAUGUAUAUAGAAACGCCAAAAAGGCUGAUCGCUUAAAGAAUGAUUUACAUGAAAGGGAUGACGGAGAGCUUGAAAGGACUGGUCAACCUUUAACGAUCUAUGAACCGUACCUUGGUGAAGGAGCCUGGCCUUUUCUGCACCACAAAUCACUCUAUCGCGGGCUUGGACUGUCCAGCAAAGGCAGAAGAUCCGGAGCAGAUGAUGUUGAUGGCCCUUCUCGUCUUUCACUUCUGAACAACCCUUAUUACCGAGAUGUACUUUCUGAAUAUGGAGCUUUUUUUGCCAUUGCCAACAGGGUUGAUCGUAUUCACAAAAAUGCAUGGAUAGGAUUCCAGUCUUGGAGAGCUAGUGCAAGGAAGGGGUCUUUGUCUAAGGAUGCAGAGAGUGCACUGCUGAAUGAUAUCGAGACAAAAAGGCAUGGUGAUGCCCUCUAUUUCUGGGUUCGUAUGGACAAGGAUCCCCGAAACCCGUUACAACAGGAUUUCUGGUCAUUCUGUGAUGCUAUAAAUGCAGGAAAUUGCAGGCAUGCUUUCUCUAAGACUCUUGAGAAAAUGUAUGGUAUAAAGCAUAAUUUGACAUCUCUUCCCCCGAUGCCUAAAGAUGGAGGUACAUGGUCUGUCAUGCAUAGCUGGGCUUUGCCAACCCGAUCCUUCCUGGAGUUUGUGAUGUUUUCAAGAAUAUUCGUGGAUUCACUGGACUCUCAAUAUUAUGAAGCACAUCAUCAAAGUGGGUACUGUUACCUAAGUUUAUCCAAGGAUAAACAUUGUUAUUCUCGGGUUCUUGAACUACUUGUAAAUGUUUGGGUCUACCAUAGUGGUAGAAGGAUGAUAUACGUCAGCCCAGAUACUGGGUUGAUGCAAGAGCACCACAUGUUGAAGAGUCGAAGAGGUCAGAUGUGGGUUAAAUGGUUUCAGAACAGCAUGCUCAAGAGCAUGGAUGAAGACCUUGCUGAGGAAGCUGAUUCAGAUAGCCCUAAGAAACAUUGGUUGUGGCCCUCAACAGGCGAAGUCUUCUGGAAAGGAAUGUAUGAAAAAGAGAGGAGUCAAAGAAGUCGAGACAAAGAAAAGAGAAAGCAGCAAAGUAAAGAUAAAAUAGAUAGAAUACGAAGACGGACUCAUCAAAAGACAAUUGGAAAAUACGUGAAACCUCCACCGCUGAAGGUGGAUAAUCCAAACACCACAGUCGUAGACGUUUCAAGAUAAAACUGUUUCUUAUAAUAGGGUAUCGGGCAUAUAUCAAUAGUAGUCUGAUUUGAUAAAUCCAUUCUUUUCCAGAUGUAUCCUUCCAAUUCUUUUAGAUUGUGUCGUAAACGAUGCUGUGCCUUCAUGUAUGUAUCCAGAGGCUUUUGUAUGUAAGAAGCAUCCCUCAUAAUUGAUGCUGAUGGAUGCCUGUAAUUUAUAACAUAGGCUCUUCCCUUAUAUGAUUAUAUCCCAUUUUUUUAUGCCAAUCUACUGUUCUUCAAGAA